GCGGAGCGCGGCCGCUGCGGAGCCGUCGGCGGGGGCCGCCGCCAUGGAGGCCGGUGCCGAGCGGGUUUCCAGUCAGGCGGCGGCCGAGGGCGGCGCAGAGGAGGCGGCAGCGCCCGGCGACGGCAGCGGGCCUGGGGGCGGCGAGAGAUACACGGGACAGUUGUACAUGGACCAUCGCCAUGGGAAAGGGAUAUGCUACUGGCCUGAUGGUUCCAAAUUCAUUGGAGCGUUUUAUCUCAGCCACGUAGAAGGCUAUGGGACUUGGGAAUGGAAGGACGGCAGAAAAUUUCAGGGGCUGUACAAAUCUGAUGAGCGAUUUGGACCGGGAAUUGAGAGCUAUCCAGAUGGCUGUCAGGAUGUUGGCUUGUGGCUGAGGAAUCAUCUAAUUAAACUGUGUACUGAAGUACCUGGUUAUUUUUCUGUCUCGGAUCAUCCAGAACACUUCAGAUAUGUUGAUGCCAGUUCUCAAAGGAAGUAUAUUUCUGUUGAGGGGGACCCAUUUCUCCGUAGCUAUAAACGUCUCCCCUUUGAUGACAAGGAUAUUUUGCCUGAAGGAGUUUUUGCCUAUUCCCAUAACACAGAUCAUCUUACUUUGACUUGCACCUUUCUGAAAGAGUGUGAUGCUUCAUAUUUUCAGAAUACCUCCAAGCUGCCUGAGGAAGAACCUUGGCCUGUUGCAAAUGUAACCCCCUUACUGGUCAGAAUGCAGAUGCAUGUUUAUAAGCACAGGUUCUGUGAAGCAGAGUUUACUUCAGACGUCAACUUCAUUCUCAGUGGAGUCCGCAGUACUUAUGGGCCUCCAGGCCCCAAAGAACUUGCCUCAGAGCAGUUAAUUCAGAAAGCGGCAAAAGGAGACUUUGAUGGGGUCUAUACGAUUCUGAGGGAUGAGCUUGCUCAUCCGGACGUAGCAGACAAACAUGGAUACACAGCACUUGCUGCUGCCGCUGUUAAUUCCCACAACGAUAUUGUCAAUCUUCUUCUCGAUAGUGGAGCUGAUGUGAAUAAGUGUAGUGAUGAAGGAUUAUCUGCUCUCUCCAUGUGCUUUAUUCUGUAUUAUCCAGCAGAAUCUUUUAAGGGUAAUAUUGCUGAGAGGAACUUGCACAGCUGCAAGCAGAACGAACAAUCAGAACCGUCAGAAACAGCUAAUGUGUCUGAAGGCGUAAUCUCAGAACAGCAGAAGAGAUGGGCAACAAUCCAGCUGCUGCUUCACCGAGGUGCAGAUCCCAAUGCAUGCUGGAUACCAGCACCCCUUCUCUUCCUUGCCGUUAAAGCUGCAGAUGCAGAAGCAGUGAAACUCCUCUUAGAAAGGGGAGCCAGGACUGAUGUGCGGCUUCCAUCCAAGUUUGGGGGUUUAACCCCUCUCCACAUAGCUGUAUCUAUUCCUGGGGAGGAAGGAGUCCAGAUAACACAGUACCUCCUGCAUUCUGCACCAGAUCUUGAUGCAAGGGCAGAAGAUGGAAAUGAGGUAUAUGGUCCAGACCAGGUUCCUCUGCCUCAAACCAGAGAAACCCAGUUGUCCCGUGGUGUCACUGUGCACCUGAAGAAUGAAGCAGGACCACCAAAAGGGUACUUCUCCUCCUAUUUUGGUCCUGUUCCAGAAGAAGGUGGAAGGAGUGCAUUGCAUAUUGCAUGCGAAAGAGAGGAUAACUGUGAGCAUUCCAGAGAUGUUAUCCGCCUCCUUUUAAUGCAUAAGGCAAAUCCAAACACACUGUGGAGUGGCCAUUCACCACUUUCCUUAGCAAUCGCCAGUGGGAAUGAUUUGGCAGUGGUCGAACUCCUCAAACAUGGGGCUGAUCCAAAUCUGCCAUUAAGCAGAGCAGUAAGAAGUGCCCUCUGUACAGCUGUCAGUACCACAUAUGAACAGAAGAGAACAAAAGCACAGAGGAUUGCUUUGGUUGAUAAGCUGCUUGAAGCUGGCGCGGAUAUCCUUGCACCAGUUACUCUUAGGGAAGGACAGCAAAAAGCAGUGGGAACAGCUGUCGACUAUGCCUAUUUUGAAUAUUUUCAGGAUAGGAGAAUUGCUCACACACCAUACGAUGUACUGACAGCAUCUGAGCGGGAGAUUUUUCAAAAACGCCAAUCACUGAUGGAACACAUUACUGGGAAGCUCCGUGAGCGUGUCAUCCUGAAAGAGAAAGAAUGGAAUCAGGAAGAGCUGCGAAGAUCCAAGAAAUUGGAUUCAAAUAUUCGUACAUCUGCUUCAAAGAAGAAAUCGGGGAGCCAUCAUGCGAAAGAAGUGAGGACACCGUUUUUUAAAUACUGCUAUCAGUGCGGACGUUCUGUUGGUGUUCAGCUGACAUCUUGCAUUCAUUGCCAUGAAAUCUUCACUUGCAGUGAAGCUUGCAGAAGGAAAUCCUGGAAGGAGCGGCAUAGGCAUGAGUGUUCGGGAUUGCUGGUCAGUUUCAAGAGAGAAGAAUCUUUCAGGUGAGCACAGAACAAAAGGAAGAUGCUCCUGAAGACUAAUGUUCAUUACUGAAAUCAUAAAUAUACAACUUUCCAAGCUGAAGAACCUCAAUACAUCUAACAAGCUAGGAGGAACGGGGCUUUCAGUACAAACUUUACCUCUAUCUGCAUAUUAGAAUAGAAAUCUACGAGAUUUCUGACCUUUGUGCAUUGAAUCAUUGAUACCACCCUACUGUGGUUCAGGUAAACUGCAGCAUUUGUCAUUGACAAAAAAAAGGACAUUAUACACGUUAUACACAUGCACACACUACACAGCAGUAGAAGACUGGCAUAGUGGAUUUAUACAAGAAAUUAAAGUGCUGUCACCAUAUGAGAUGCUCGCAUAUGAGCCACAAUGAGGAAUCUGAAAUGUGAAGAUAAAUAAGGAACUGCUGCCAUUCUGAGGCUGAUCUGUCUUUUAGUGGCUGUCCAGCCACUAAAAAGUCGGUCCAGGAUGGGUCUUUUAAAUCUGGGUACUUGUAAAACCUGUGAAGGGAGUGAGGCCUGUCCAACUGGAGAUGAUUUAUAUGAAGCAUACAUGCUUAUCCGUAUGGGUUCUAAACAUCUUCUAGCGGUUUUCCCAAGAUAAGAUAUCAGUGGUGUACUUCCCAGAUUAUAUGGGAAUAAAUGAAACUGUUCUUAAUAACGGGAGAUUUCCCUUGCACCUUAAUCAAGUGCUUUUUCUUCUUCCUGUUCCUUUCAUAAAGUUUUGUUACACUCCUGCAUAUAAUUAAAGCUUUUGAGUUUCACUCUUUUCUGGAAGCUACCUUUCACCCACUUACACACUUCUGCUUUUACAGCAUUUGAUGUAUGAGAACUGCAACACGUGUAUACAGAACACUCUGUUUUUACUACUAUUUUUUCAUAUGUUUGGGAUGGAAAUGGGAACAGACUUAGAAAGGGAAGUCCUGAAGACUGUGAAUCGGAACCACUAGAAAACAAUAAAAAUGAUCUGGGGGAAUGGUAGAGGCUUCUGGAAAAACGGCACGGUGCAUGCCACAGAAGGGUAACCAACCAGCUUGAGUUCGGUCAGACUCUGUCUUUAAGCACACAGUGUGUUGCUGACUGUCCUGCACCCUGACAGGCAUGCUGACUUCUCUAAGCAACCAUCAUGGGCCAGUCAAAGCAGGACACUGGAAUGGAGACAAAGUAGCAGCUACUCCACUCAGCUUAAUUUUUGCAUCAUCCUCAAAGUGAUAGAGAAGAAUAAUGAAGUGAUAAUAAAAAAACAUGUUCGGAGCAGAAUGUGCCUUGAUAGAUGCUGCAGAAGCAGCAAAUAAAGCUGAAGGGCACAGGUCAGAUCUGAUAAAUUAUAGCCCAACCCACAGACAGCAGAGAUUUUACCACUUUAAUGGCAAUAUAUUGCUUAUUUAUGUUAAAAGAUUUGACUUGAGAAAAGAUUAGGAAUUUUCCUAAAAUAUGAAAGGAUCAGAUAUCUGAUAAAACUCCUAGACCAAUGAGGCAUUUGAGCUUGUUUGACUAAUGAAAUCAAUAUAUACAUACCUUCCAGUGAAAAUGUCUUUGCUCACAAGGUGUUCCUUAGUCAAAUUGUUUUCAAUGGUUAAUCCAUUCUGGAACUACUGACAGAUGAAAGAAUCCUUGAUGUGUGUAUUUCAAGUCAUGCUAUUUAUUUUCUUGAAACCAAAAUGAAAGACUGAGCUUCUAAAGAUAGAGCCUGGCAGAAGCACUUACUGCUUAAAUGGCAUUGUCCUUCCCUUUUGCUUUUGAACAUCUGAGCAACUCAGUAGUUAGAGCUUGGGUGAGUGAGGUGUUGAGUCUUCACUGCUGAAUUGUGACUGUUAACAGCUGCCAUCCAUAUCUUCCUCUUCAAAACUCUUCCUGUUUUCUGGAGUUCUAGUUCCUCACUUUUGUUUACAUGAACA